AUGAAGGGCCCCCGUGUACCACACCCCCAGAAGCAGCUGUCCUACAACGCCUCCAAGGCAGGAGUGGUGAAGCUGACGCAGACGCUGGGCACGGAGUGGAUCGACAGAGGUGUCAACGUCAACUGCAUCUCACCGGGUAUUGUUGACACUCCUCUCAUCCACUCUGAGAGUCUGCGGCCCCUGGUGCAGCGCUGGCUGUCAGACGUCCCCGCUGGAAGGCUGGCGCAAGUGACAGACCUUCAAGCAGCACUGGUCUACUUGGCAUGUGACGCGUCCAACUACAUGACAGGGCAUAACUUAGUCAUAGAGGGUGGGCAAAGUCUGUGGUAGAGAGAGGGAGUGUGAGCAGGAGGGAAAGAGGUGCGUCGGGGAAAAGAGAGGAAAUGAAGAGAAGAGAAACUUUGGGUCGCACUCCAGGGAAUUGGCGUAAGACCGUAUCAUCUUUAGUUUUGCAUGCACGGUUCGAAAUAUUUCUCAGGAUUUAUAUUCUCAUGAACUUCUUGGAUGGCAUGAUUAUUUUUUCGGCAAUUGAGCUGCAGAUCCAUUUAUUCAGAUCACUGCCACCCAAUUUGUUAUUCUCCUUCCGUAGAAAUUUUCAGCGGGCUUAAUUUGACAGUCGGUUCAACAGGACUUUAAACUGGGGUUACAAAAGGUACUGUGAAAUGGGUCCAAUAUACUGUAGGUCCAAUUUUUGUUAUUGUCUGCAGAUUGUUCACACAAACUGAACUCUGAUGUAACAAGCUGUUAAUGACAUUCCUAACCUCCACCAAAUUAAUCGGUCUAUUUGUAUUGUAGAAUUGUAUUAAAUUAAAUGAUAUCUCAUUUAUAAAAAAAUAUACCUGAAUAAAUCUUUUCUUGGGUAAAAAUCUCCUCCGAU